GAUUUAGUAGUAUUAGGAAUCAUUACAUAUGAGGUUGCUAACGUGAGUCUGUUUUUCUUAUUGCAGGGCAGCAAAUGUAAUGGAAGCCAUAUUUAAGCUGGCCCUGCAGAAUGAUAGAUAAUUCUAUUUUGUAAUAGAUUUUCUCUUUUUUCUACACGAUCCAAAUCUUUGAAUUUUCGAAAUAUAUGUUGUACUAGUACGUCGCGUUCUUACUACAGAGUCAUUUAACGAUUGGACUGUUGUGUUGUUGUUUCAGAUCGUUUCCGCUUCCAAGUAGACGCUAAUAAUACGCGCUGCAGUGAUGCAUAAUUUAGAUUUCGACUACGAAGAGCCGGUUGAAAAGCGUUUUGAAGACCUCUGUCAAGAUUUAUGUAUAGAUGGAUCUGUUAGAGAGGAAGCUUGGGAAAAGUACAAAGAUGUUUGGGCGAAUUAUUCGAUUGAUGGUGAUCAAAUCCAGUGGCUUGUUUGUUCUCUCUAUGAAUGUUGUCGCCGUUGUCUAUCAGACGGAAUUUCUGGACAUGUCGAUAACGCCUAUAUAUCUCUGUCACGAUUGUUAUCUGCAGCUAAAAUGAGUAUGGUUCAGUUUUUUCAUCGUAUUAGGAAAUGGGCUGACAUGACUGAUAUGCUGGAUGAUAUGAGAGAUCGCAUCGAGCUCAUUGAACGUCAGUUCUCCGUUUCAUCAGUGAUAUUUCGUAAUUUCGGUCGAUCGUUUGGGGUAUUAUUUUCUGACACAGAUUAUGAGACCAGUCAAAUGCGCCCAACGGGUUCUGACUUAUUCAGGUUUACAUGGCUGCUAUUCAUCAAGUCUCGAGCAAGUUUUCCAGCAGUUACCGAUGAUUUAGUCAAUUCCUAUCACUUACUAGCCUGCUGUUUGGACUGGACUCUUGGUGCAGUUAUGCUUUCCAGAAGACGAGAUUUGAUCAAUAUGGAGCAAAAUGGUUUGCCUAGGGAUUUUUUAACUUCAGUUGCUCAAAACAAAACUUGGUGUCCACCUCAUGAUGAGCCAACUUGUAUGCUACGUCCAAUAUGCGAAGAUAAUGAUGUUAAUUAUGUUGAGUGUAAAACUGUGAAAGAACACUUUUUUCGACCAUUUAUGCUAAGGUUGAUUGAAAAGGAUUUGAUCAAACUUCACCCUUCAGUUCUUGGGAGUUUAUUAGAGCAGGAAAAUUUCGAAAUAACAAUUCAGAAUUUGAACAAUAACUAUGAGGAAUACAUUAUCGGUACGGGGGACUUUGAUGAACGUAUUUAUCUGAGCCCGAAUGCAUCAGAAGAAAUUGGAUCAAUCGGGGAAAGUACUGUUCAGUCUGAUUUUCAUCUACCUGUCGGUCUGACACCAUCUGCGCGCCGAUAUAUGCUCGAAGUUAGUAACUCUGGUUUUGGAGGUUUCACUGAGACUACGCGGCGUGGUAAUGCGAAUGCUGGUGCUAUCAGUCGUCUUAAUGGGGGUGUCAAUUUUAGCAAUCCUGAAGCUCGAAGUCAAAAUCUCAAUCAAUUACAAAUUUUGUUAAAUGGUCGAAACAAUGAGCCAUGUGAAUCUUUAGUCCAUCUUAUCAAUGCACAUUGUUCUGUAUCACCACUCUCUACAAUUCGUGAAAGAUUAGAUAAUUUAGGUGAACAAUUUCAACGAGCUUAUGCUGGAUUAAAAUCAAUCAAUAGUAGUGGAGUAACAAUAACACCAACAGCGAAUAAUUUAGCAAUUUCAGCUGCACAACAACGACUACAAUUAUGUUAUCCAUUAUAUUACAUGGCUUUAGAAAAUAUUCUCUUAGAUGAAAUUCGUAGAAUCGAAAAGAAACUGGUUACUACUACUCCCACUCCACUCUCCAGUUCAAAUAAUUCAAAUAAAACACGCCGUACCCAUCCUGACCUUACCACAUUAUUAGCACAAGAUACAUUUCAUCGGGCUUUAUUCAUUUGUUGUAUGGAAAUAGUUAUGGUGAGUUGUGAUCCACCAAACCACCAUUUUCCAUGGAUAUUAGAAGCGUUAAGUCUUGAUUCAGUUCAAUUCUUUAAAGUCGUCGAAGUUUUAGUUCGUAACCUAGAUUUGCCGCGUGAAAUUGUUAAAUAUAUGAAUCAAGUUGUCGAAUAUAUUCUAGAUUCAUAUGCAUGGCGUACAAACUCUUCAAUAUGGUCGGUACUGAAAGCAACCGGACGAGCUCCAUCUAUUGAAGAAGUUAUACCUCCUGAAAAACUUGAUCAAGGUUCUAACGAUUGUUACACACGAAAUACCACUACCAUAUCUCCUGGCCGAAAAUUGUUAACUUCUAAUGUAAUAUCUACCAAAAAUAUAAAACUCUCACCAAAUUCUUAUGCUAAACAACCUCGUCUUACAGGUAGUAACAAUAGUAAUAAUAACAGUAAUAGUAUUACAUCUAAAGUAUCAGUUAGUCGACAACAAAACAUUGAAUUUUCAACAAAUCAACCUGGUAUCUAUCGGCUACUUUCAUCGGGGGUUGAAGAUGAAUCUGCUCAAGCAGCAGCUCAACUACUUGCAAGUGGAGCUACUGAUUCAGUUAAUAUAGAUUCUGGUCUUCUUGGAACAUCAGAUGAUGUUGGCAUCAAUCAGGAUAAUGUGAAUAUUGAUGUGAAACCGAUAACAGAGCAGUUAGUUGAUGAUUAUAUUGUUAACACCGCAGUUACUGUGACUAGUGCUACUACCACCGUUAAUAGUAGUAAUAAUAGUACUGUUGUUACAUCUCUAACGUCUGGUUCCGGCAAUACAAUUAAUUAUUUCCCUAUUCGACAUGAUUCAAUUGCCAUAUUUUUUCGACAAACAUAUCAAAUGGCCAGUUUACGUUUAAGAGAUUUAUGCGAACGUUUAAGUCUUACUCGUGAACUUAUGGCAAAAAUCUGGACAUGUAUAGAACAAGUAAUUGUGCAUGAAACUGAAUUGCUUAGAGAUCGCUGUAUAGACCAAGUUAUAAUGUGUUGCAUUUAUGGUAUAUGCAAACUUGUUCUCUAUCGUCCGCUUACAUUUGUUGAUAUAGUUCAGGUGUAUAGAAUGCAACCUCAAUCUUAUCGAGAUAUAUAUCGUCGUGUACUCAUCAACAGAGUUUCUUAUGGUCGUGGCAAUACUGAAGAACGCGGUGAUUUGUCUCGAUUUUACAAUGUUAUAUUUUUACCACAAAUGAAAGACUUCAUUAAAAAGGCAGCAUCUGUACGUUCUACAUAUAAUGAAACAGAUCCUAAUUGUCGAACAGGACAUCAUUCAUUAGGCUCUGAUUCAUUAUCAACCGAUGAUAACACUGUAUUGAAUCAAUGGACGCUUCAUCCAUCAUUAUCCCCAAUGCCAAUUCUCGUAAACAAUUUAGCUUCAAAUUCUGCCGCGGCUCUCAAUUUAGGUCUUGAUCCAACAACUACAUCGGGAGAUAUAAUACAAGCUAGACGUUUAGCCAGUAAUCGUAAUAUAUUCAUCAGUCCAGUUAAACAACAAGUAAACCUAUCUCCCAAAAAAGUCAUUUUUACAGUCGGCCGAAGUACUGGUAAAGAUUUGCAAGAUGUUAAUCUAAUGAUAAGCUCUGCUGAACGUCGUGCAUCAAUGGCCAAUUUAACAAUGGGCUUAAAACGUCCAGCAGGUGGUGGCAGUACAACGACUACAUAUGUUGCUAAUUCAUCUCCAUUCACAGUCACUUCUGGAACAAGUUCAUCACGUACAGUUACAUUAGUUGGACCAAGUGGAUUCACUACAAAACGAAUAGAUUUUGAUAUGUGAACAUUAACUCAAUCGACAUUGUAUUAUUAUUAUUACUGCUAUUUUAUUAUACCUGCAUUUUUUCUUUGAAAAAAAACAACAAAAGAAUUGAACAUUCACUAAUUCAUUGUUUUUUUAAUUAUCUUUGUGUUAUUAUCUGUGAAUAAACAAUAUCUAUAUAAAUUAUACC